AUGGCAAUUGAGACCGUAGUUGACAAAUCUUCCUCUUCAGCUGAGAAAACCACUGAUGUAGUCAAUUCCAGUCAUCCAUACUACUUGACUCCAUCAGAUUCGCCUGGAAACAAUCUCAUCAACAUCAUUUUCGAUGGUUCUAAUUAUGGAAAUUGGAAAAGAGGAGUUUUAAUUUCUCUGUCAGCUAAGAAUAAGCUUUGCUUUGUUGAUGACAAAGCAAUUGUUCCACAAGAAGACUCACCUCUUUUUGACCACUGGAGAAGGUGCAAUGACAUGGUCAUUGCUUGGUUGUUGAAUUCUCUUAGCAAGGAGAUCUCAGAGAGUGUUAUCUAUUGCCUGACUGCUGUUGAUCUAUGGAAUGAGCUCCAAGAGAGGUAUGGACAACCUGAUGGAGCAAAACUUUUUCAGUUACAAAGAGAUCUCAACAACAUAUCUCAAGGUACAAAUGAUGUUGCUAGUUACUUUAACAAACUAAAGAAGCUAUGGGACCAAAUGAAGGUUUUGAACACAUUCAUGACUUGUGGCUGUGAUUGUAAGUGUGGUGCUAAAACACACAACCAUAAAAUGAAUGAAGAUAUCAAAUUGAUGCAAUUUUUAAUGGGUUUGAAUGAAAUGUAUUCAGGGUGUAGGGGGAAUAUUCUGAUGAUGAAACCCCUACCAUCUACUAAUCAAGCUUAUUCCAUGAUCUUACAUGAGGAAUCUCAAAGAGAAGUGCAUAAUGGAAACAUAGGAUUUCCAGAUUCUGUUGGCUUUAAUGUAACAAGAUGGAAUGAACAGAGGAACAAUCCACAAUCCAGGGUGAAUAAUCAAGUUGUAGGAGCAGGUUACCAAAACAGUGGACAGAAGAAUAACAUGUUCUGUACCUACUGUAAGAAGACCAACCAUGUAAGAUUAAAUUGUUAUAAGUUGAUUGGGUACCCUGCAGAUUACAAGUUUACAAACAAGACAAAGAAGCCUCACAACAAUGCUAAAGCUAAUGCAGUUGGUACAGGAGAAAACAAUUUCACUAUUGCUUCUGAGGAAGGAAUUAUGCUCAAUGAGCAUUCUGGCAAAAAUGUAGGAUCAAGCACUAUGUCAAAUAUUGUGAAUUCUCAAGGUUUCACUAAGAAUCAAUGUGAUAGACUGAUACAGAUAUUUAAGUAUGUCCAAAGUGGGGAUUCCCAAGCAUCAGGUUCUGAAAACCAUUUUGCAAGCAUGGCUGGUAUUGCAACUGUUUUGAGUGCUUAUUCUUCAUGUUUCACUGUUUUUAAUUCUAAACCAUGGAUCAUUGAUUCGUGGGCUUCUCAACACAUGACUUAUGACAAAUCUUUGCUUCAUGACAUAAAAUAUCUUUCUAGACCAAUUUCGGUUACUCUACCUAAUUCCUAUAAGGUUUCUGUCACAUGCAUAGGAAUAGUUUCCCUCAUUCCUAAUUUAGAGCUACAGAAUGUGCUCUAUGUUCCUUCUUUUAAACACAAUUUACUUUCUGUAAGCCAAUUUGUUGAUCAAACCGAGCUUGGUUUUCUUUUUACUAAACGUGGGUGUUUUCUACAGGACCUCAAUCUCAACAGGAAACAGAUUUUUGGUGAAGCUGCAGCUGGUCUAUAUGUACUGAAGGAUUGCACAUCAGAUUCCAAUCCCAUUUCAAUUGAGUCUUCUAGUUUUCAAUCUUCUUUAAUUUCUCCCAAACAUCAUGUUAAGUCCAAACAUGUAGUAUCUGAUUUUGAGUCUUUUCAUUCUAAAUUAGUCAAGAAUCCUGUCGUUUGUAAUGAUCAGAAUAUGAAUGCAAUGAAUACUCUUUCUGAUUCUCUUGACUCUAGAAAACUUUGGCAUUAUAGGUUGGGGCAUUUACCUUACGCUUCUAUGAGGCACAUUAAAGAUAUAUGUUAUUCAGAAG